CACACAUAUGAAGCAUAUGGGCUCUCAUCAAUGGUAUUUCUCAGUUUAUACUCUAGAUUAAUCAGGAUGGGAAUCAUAUAAGUAUUUAGCUAUGAAAAAUUAAAGAAAUAUUUCCUCUACAUUGCUUUAGUUUGAUUGAAAUUAAGAAAAAUCUAUUAAAUUCUUCAAACAAAUGAACAAUAAUGGCAUCAACUGUAGCUGAAACUAGAUUAAUAAUCGAUAAUAAUGAAAGCAGAAAAUCAGGAUCAGGCAGUAGUGGAGAAUAUGCUUACGAAAUUUCGGAUUAUGCUUUAUCUGCAUGGAAAUCAAAUAGAGAUCCAACAGGGGAAAUUCCACAAGAUAAGCAACUUACAAUUUCUUGGUGUAACAUAAAUGCUUUUGGCAACUCAAAUCAUGCUCAGCCAACAAAGGGAGCAUUGUCGAAAAAUAAAGGAACGGAAGCACCUCAACAGACACAUAUACUCAAAAAUGUCAGUGGAGUGGCACAUCCUGGAGAACUACUUGUAAUAAUGGGUUCCAGCGGUGCAGGCAAAACGACUUUGCUCAAUUGCCUGACAUUCAGAAAUUUGAAAGAUCUAGAGAUUACAGGACUAGUUUGCUUGAACAAUGUACCUGUGAAUCAAUCCCAGUUAGCUGCACAUUCAGCUUAUGUACAACAAGAUGAUCUCUUCAUCGGAUAUCUAACUGUGAAAGAACAACUACUGUUCCAGUCGAUGGUGAGAAUGGAUUCACAAUACACUGCUGAGGAAAGAACUCAGAGAGUUGAAGAAGUAAUGAUUGAGCUAGCUCUGAAGAAAUGUGAAAACUGCCAAAUCGGUGUACCAGGAAUAGUUAAAGGUAUAUCUGGAGGAGAAAGGAAAAGAUUGGCCUUGGCCGGAGAAUUCCUUACAAACCCAUCGAUUCUAUUUUGUGAUGAACCAACAACAGGUCUUGACUCUUUCAUGGCUCUUAAUGUUGUACAACUACUAAGAGAUAUUGCCAGAACUGGAAGGACUGUUAUUACAACACUUCAUCAGCCAUCUUCAGAAAUAUUCCAACAUUUCGACAAAUUAUGUUUGAUGGCAGAAGGAAGAACCGCUUUUUUGGGAACGACCAAAGAGGCAAAUAACUUUUUCACCAAGCUUACAGCUCCUUGUCCACCUAACUUCAAUCCUGCCGAUCAUUAUAUUCAGUUACUUGCAAUUAUCCCAGGCAGUGAAGAGUCUUGCAAAAGAUCUAUUAAGGCAGUUUGCGAUGCCUUCGAAUCUUCAAGCUUGGGUUCAGCAAUAAAGAGAAGAACUACAGAAAUCAUAAAAUCGGCCAAAAAUUCCAGUGAUCUUUGGGACCAUGAAAAGAUUAAAGUGAAACCUUACAGGGUCGGAUGGUUUUAUCAGUUCUGGGCUGUGUUAUGGAGAAGUUGGUUAUCUGUAAUCAAAAAUCCAGCAGCUACAAAAAGAAGGUUCAUUUUGGUCACUAUUGAAACUCUCAUAAUUACAGUGAUCUAUUUCGGACAGAAAUUGGACCAAGAUGGAGUAAUCAAUUUAGAUGGUGUAUUUUUUUAUCUGCUUGUCAGUAUAUCUUACCAGAAUGUAUUCGGAAUUAUUAAUACGUUUUGCGGAGAAAUUCCUUUGUUCAUAAAGGAGCACAAAGACGGCAUGUAUAGAGCCGAUGUUUACUAUUUGUCUAAGGUAAUUUGCGCUCUUCCUGUUUCAAUUAUGUUGGCUCUUUUGAGCGUUACAUUGUGCUAUUUUGCUGUUGGUCUCAAUCCUGAAUUCGGCCGAUACCUUAUUGCAGUUGGUAUCAGUAUUUUAGUGUGCCUGUGUGCACAAGGACUUGGUUUUAUAAUAUCAACUAUAUCUCCUUCAUUGGAGCUAGCACCUCCCAUUGUUAGCAUAGGUGUAUCGCCAUUACUGAUGCUUGGGGGAAUUUUUUUGAAUUUCAAAUCGAUACCAGAGUAUCUCAAAUGGAUUUCAGAGUUGUCUUGGUUUAAGUAUGGCUUUCAGGCAUACAUGAUAAAUCAAUGGUCUAAUGUCGCUCAUAUAGAGUGUCACAUGAAUUCAACUGCCCAAUCCAUAUGUAUUACAAAUGGCAUCGAAGUACUCCAUAAGCAAAACAUCAGUUUAGGGGAAUUCUGGCCCGCUAUUCUCUCACUUGUUUUAUUAUCCAUUUUAUUUCGCCUUGUAGGAUAUUUGAUACUUCUAUUGAAGGUAUCCAAAGAUGAAUAAUAUAUUAAAAAUUAUUUUAAAUUAAGUAUUCGUUUUAGCGUUAACUUACUCUAUGAUGUAAAUCAUAAACAAAUAAAAAAGUAUCUAUAUUUUGUA